CGCGGCACACAGGAGCUUUGUGGUGGAGUACAGUAGCUCGCCAGAUCAACAAGCCUGUGUUUUGGAUGCAGUUUGACAAACAGCCUGUUUCUGUCGCUGAUGUCAGUCGCUCUCUGAGUUACCAGCGAGACGUGUCACGCUUGAACUGCGGUAAACCAGCACUAAAACUAACAAGCGGCCUAGACACGUAGCCGAGCAGGGUGGAUGACAGCGUCGGUGUAACUUUAAUGACAGCGAGCUUGUUUUUCUCUGACAUUUCACCUCAGGCAAGUCAACAAGACAGCGACGCUCGUGUCUCCUCACUCUUCAAACCGAGCCAGGCAGGCGUUUUCACCGUGGUUCUGACAAUCUGUCACGAGCGCAAACAUUAGCCAACUUAUUUGAUCCCUAAAACAGAACAGAACGUAUCCUCAAUGAUACUCGACUUGUUUUUCUUUUUUUAACUAUCAAACAAGGCUUAUUUGGUUGUUGUUUUUUGCCAACAAGACGCGUUCUCUUGAAGAGCUAGCCAAACAAUAUUAAGCUAACUCUGUUUUUCUAAAGCUGUCACAACUGCAUAAGUGUUAGCAUCAGCCUCAACUAGCACCAGCUAACAUCGAAUCCAUUCAUCGGCCAUCACCGAGGACGCAAAACCUGGUUGUCUCUCCAACCUCACCGGUGCAUUGCACUUUGAAUCAGCCCGUCUGACCCGCUGCAGGAGCGGACUCCUCACCGUCACCUCUCGCCUUUAGGAAGCGGUCAGUCGAGGAGCAGCGAGCGGCCAGCUGAGCGUCAGAGUCAGUGGGGGGAGCAGGUUGUGUGCAGCCACGGGAUCCCUCAUCGGACUGUUACAUUAUUAUCGGUAUUUUUGCUGAAAAUGGCGGCAAUCGGAAUGGUGCAGAUGUUGAUCGAAGCAGCCGAGUACCUCGAGCGCAGGGAAAGAGGAGCAGAACACUGCUAUGCCUCCAUGCCACCCUUCAUCAGCAGUGGAGAGAGGGAAAGCUUGAAAAGGAAAAGCAAAAGCAAGAAAAAUACAAGUAGUAGGUCUACACACAAUGAAAUGGAAAAGAACAGACGGGCAAAUCUAAGGCUGUGUCUAGAGCGACUGAAAUCCCUUGUUCCCUUGGGAGAAGAUGCUAACAAGCACACUACCCUCAGCCUGCUGAUGAAGGCCAAAGAUCACAUCAAGAGGUUGGAGGAGAGCGACAGGAAAGCUCAGCACACCGUAGAGCAGCUACAGCGGGAGCAGAGACACCUAAGGAGGCGCCUGGAACACCUGGGGGUGGAGAGGACCCGGAUGGACAGCACCGGCUCCACUGUGUCCGACAAGUCCGACUCUGACCAGGAGGACCUGGACGUGGAUGUGGAGGAGACAGACUACCUGCUGGGUGACCUGGAGUGGAGCACCAGCAGCGUGAGCGACUCAGGAGACGAGCGAGGCAGCCUGCGCAGCAGCUGUAGCGAUGAGGGCUACUCCAGCGCCAGCCUGCUGCGCCUGCAGGACACUCAGGAGAUGGCCAAGCAGCUGGGCUGCAGCCUAUAAACAGCACUGGUCACAGACCCAGCACCCACCUCCUACCCUCAGCCAAUCCCGUCCCAAGAUGCUCUCACGACUUCCUUGUCCUGCUCAGACCUCACCCCUCCUUCCUUUCUUUCCUCCCUGCUCCCUCUCCUCCAGGACUGACCCACGUCCGAGGCCUCUCCUCCACUCAGGCCUCUGCAGACUUCCUGUCCCCACGGAGGUUUCUAUUUGGGCUGCAACUCCUCCCUAAGACACCCGCCUAUAUUUAGCCGUCAUCAGCGGUCACUCACUCUGCACCAAUCAAAUGAGUGGGAUUUUAAAGACACUCCACCUCCAUCCGUCCCCCCCUUUGUCAGAACCACAACUUUCAGCCAGAGAAUGUUACCACACAAUAUCCCACUGCCUCUUUUUCUAUGCCUCAAGAGCCAUAGGAAGAACUGAACGAGAUUUCACCCAAACUUCUCACACGCACACAUACACACACACACACACACACACACACACACACGCACACGCACACGCACGCUUACAUAACACACACAAACACAUACCCAAACAAACAUACACCCCUCCAUCGCUCCUUGUUGUCCAUUGAGACAGAGACCCUCCCGAGGUGUGACACUGACAUGAGAUGGGUUUUUUUCAACACCCUGCUCACCAGUCAACCAUCGGUGCUUGGUGAUUUGCACUUAAAAUUGCUUUUUGUAAAACUGUGUCAUCUUUUUCAAACACUGUCUCUUAAAAACAUAAAGGCCCCCUCACUGCAGCUGUUAUCAUAAGUGAGUGUUUGAGACAUGUCAGUUGGCUGCCCCUGCUGUGUGGUGCAGCAGACUUUGUGGACACUAAAUUAAAUUGUCGGGGCCGACAGCAAUACGUCCCUUGUACCAAGGUUUUCGCAGGAAAUCGAGUAACUAUCCUGUAAUUUUAUGUCCACGUCUGCAGUUCAGAAGGGAAAGUUACACAAAAACAAACAAAAAAACUUGUGCAGCAUGAGAUUGUUAAGGGCUGGGGUAUUUGGGAGGGAUUAGGGGGUGGUUUCAAUGUUCUCUGCCUCUCUCUGAUGAUGGUGGCGUUUUUAAAGCAUCCUUUUAUCAUAUGUGUUUUUCUCACGUUUGAGCCUGGCAACGACAGGAGUCACUGGCAGAUUUAAGAAACUUAACAAAAAACAACACCAGCCACCACCAGGUGGAAUGCUGGGAUAUUUUUGGCAAGUUCUGGAACAUGUUUGUACACUUGUUCUUCUUCACUGCCCUGUUCACCUUAAAGAAGUGAAGAACCCACCUACUGAGACCAGUCAUGAGACUGGAGCACAUUCCACUAUGUAGAAAGGACAGGCAGGGGAGAAUGAGAGUAUUAUUUUAUGGGGCGAAUGUUCUUGCCAAUGUCUUAGGAUGGGUAGAGUUAGGUUUGAGAAGAUGGGAGUCACCCAACAAAAUGACCGGCUUUGACUCUUCAGUUGGAACACGCUGUGGCCACAUCCACACUACUACGUUUUUGUUUAAAUGCACCAACUUUGCUACAAAUACACCUGGCAUCCACACUACUCUGGAGUUUUAGAAAAGUGCUGGUGGCCCCGUUUUAGUUUGAAAACUCCGGCACAGCAUUAUUAAUCUGGAAGGGUAGAAACAUAGAUGUUUGAAAAUGAUGACGUGGACACUCUAAAACAGUUGCUGAUUGGUUGUUUCGGUCACGAUGUUGCCUUCACUGACUCAUCAGGCUCCUUUCGCCUGAACCCCUUCCAUAAGAAUACAACCAGCAUUAGCUUCAGCUAACAGUGUAGAACGCAACAUGUAUAAUCAAUUACAAGUGUUGCUGACCCUGUUGUCUUAGCUAACAGCUGUAUUGCAGUUAAAUCCUGCAUUUUACAAUGGUACAACUGUUUACAUGCAAGAAAACCAACUGUUAUUUGAGUGAACUGCGACAACUCCUGUGUCCAGAAGGACACCCAUGCCUUCCUGUUUAAAUCGUCAUGCGCUUGCCUAGUGUUCAUAGUGUUAUAUGCGUUCUUAGGCGUGUGUGUGGGCACACUUGAGUGGACAAAAUCGUUUCAAACAUAAACGUAGUAGUAUGGAUGUCGCCUGAGAAAGUUUACCUCUUUCUUUAUAUUCACGUCGGAUGAGCACCAAAAUGUAUAACCACAGAUUUUCUUUCCUCCGCCUUGCCUUGAUAGCUAGUUAUUGUUUCUGCAAAAAAAGUACACAUUUUAAUGUAAAUAGUUUACAGAAAGAUCUCUAUGUCUAUCAACAAAUGUAUUUAUUAGAUAUACUAAAUAUAUAGAUUAAUAUAUAUAAAUAUAUUUAGUCAUAGCCUAUGUUCUUCUUGUGAGGUUUAUUGAGAGUUUCCUUUGUGUAGUUUUUUGUGCACAGCAUAGUCAAUCUAUAGAAUAUUUAGAGAGGUCUCUUGUGCCUCAAGGCUUUUGUGUCUGUUCAGAUUUCGGCGCAGUGCUCCUUGAAAAGUAAAAUGUGAUGAUUCUAAUUUUUAGCUGUUUCCCCUCAAGGAGGGAUAAUAGGGAAAAAAAUCUGUAUAACUUUUAAAAUUUUGCGAGAGGAACUGGUGGCUAGGUUGAGGGUGGUGAUGACUCCUGGCAAAAAUAUGUUGCCCGUUUCGUCCAUUUUCACGCCAAGAAGCCUCCAACAAACUGGCUGCUCUCACUGUGAAAUUUUAGUCCCUUGUUUGGGUCAGAAUCACCGCGGGCGGGAAGAGGCUCGCAGCUUUUCUCUAUAUGCAGAUGUCCUCAACCCGUGCAGCACGGUGCCAAAGCCUCUCCUGCUUCUGCAACUGCCACUUGUAAAACUCAGUUAGAGCAUGACAAUGGUACACCAAAAAAAAUGAAAAAAGAAAAUUUGAAAAAUAUAUAUUGUUAAUUGUAAGAUUUAUUGUGGAAUGCUGGUUUUUCUUUUUAGUUUUUCUUUUGAAUCUUUUUGUGAAUCGAUUCUUUUGAAUCGGAAAAUGUGUAGCUGCGCGAUGAAGGGAAAAUGUAUCGAUAUAAUAGGUGUGACUGGGCUGAUUUGUUCGCAGAGACGCCAUCUGUCAGUGGGUGCAUGUGUAUACAGUGUGUGUGAUUGUGCGUAUGUGUGUUUAUUUCGUCACUGUCUUCAGAGAGAAAUAUUGUGGGGGGGUAGUGGGUGGGUGUUUAAAAAAAUGUUUCUUUUCUGGUUUUUCGGUUUAUUUGUUUACUAGUAAAAUGCAAAAAAGUCCACUUGACAAAGACUUCAUGUUUUAACCUGAGCAUUAAUCUCUGUAUGUGGUGGUCUCAAGUUUUCUCCUUUUUGUCUUCCGCCAAUCAACAUGUUUGAAUGUGUGUGUGUGAGCAUGACUCCCUUCUCCACAUGCUGUGUUGGCCUCCAUGGUGCAGGUGAGGUGUGUGUGCGUGGGUGCGUGCGUGAUCCCCUGGACAGAAGCCCUGGUGCUCUCAGCAUCUGCCUUCUAAGAAGCAGGUGUUGAAUCUCUCUCAAAGAACAACACUACAGUCAGACCAGUUGUUUAAGCUACAGGUUUCAGCAUCAGGGGAAAAUCCCGCUCAUGUAUAGCUUUGGUUUAAGCAAAUUUUUUGUCCCUUCAUACAAAGCGGCUGAUAAUGCCUUAAAACAGACACAAAUGUACGACUUAACAGAGUUAUACGAUAUGUAUGACAGUUUGAUAUAUUGACAUGUAUCACAAAGGUCAUUCCUUUUCAUUGUGAUGCUGAUGGUGCUCUCAUGCAUUACACAACUACAUGCACAAGCACACAAGACAACACAUCGUCAUAGCUCCAUGAACAUCGCUGUCGUCGCCUGCCAUCUUUCUUCUUGGAAAGGCCAAAUGUCUGUAUGUUGAGCAAUUACUUAACAGUGGACGUUUUGUGCACCUACUUUUUAAGAAUUGGAGAAUUUAGACACUCACUUUAAAUGUGGGGCAGAAAAAAAAACUUUGAAAACCAACUGUGGAGCAGCAAUUUAUAUUUGUCAGUGAUAUUAAAGGAAUAAAACAUUUGAAACCCUUGUUUACCUACCUA